CUUCACCUGCAGGUGAGAGGGGGUUGCAGGCAGGCUGGAUCCGCAGUAUGUUGAGGGAGACCCCUCACCUGGAAAGAUGUACGUGAGCUACCUGCAGCUGGACAAGGACCCUGGCAUGUACCCGCACCAGAACCCGGUGACCCGCCACCCGGGCCUCAGCCUAAGUCCGCAGAACUUCACCGUCCCCGGCCCGCCGCAGUAUUCAGACUUCGCCGGCUACCAUCACCACCACCACGGCAUCAGCAACGACCCGCACGCCGUUCAGCAGGCCGGUGCUGGCGGCUGGAGCCCUGCCUACCCUCCUCCUCCUCCGCCCACGCGGGAUGAGUGGACGCCCCAUCACUACGCGGCGGCGGCCGCUGCGGCCGGCGGGCCUCCCACGGCCUCCACCGUGAACGGCACGGUGGGUCCCACGUUGGGAUUCAACACCACGGAGUUCCCUGGACAGCCGCCCAUGCUGCUCCCCGCGGCUCUCAACGCCUCGGCCGGACAGCUGUCUCCCGGUUCCCCGCGGAGGAGGAACCCGUACGAUUGGAUCCGAACCUCCGCACCGCCCAGCAACCCAAAUGGAAAAACACGGACUAAAGACAAGUACCGAGUGGUUUACACUGACCACCAGCGGCUGGAGCUAGAGAAGGAGUUUCAUUACAGUAAAUACAUCACCAUCCGGAGGAAGGCGGAGCUCGCCACAGCGCUCAGCCUGUCAGAGAGACAGGUUAAGAUCUGGUUCCAGAACCGACGGGCGAAGGAGCGCAAAAUCAAUAAGAAGAAGCUCCAGCAACCCGCCUCCUCCACAACUACACCCACUCCUCCCACUGGCAGCAAUGGAAGCGGAGGAGGAGGCGGUGGAGGUGGCCUCCAUGGGAACAGCAGCAGCAGCGUUGCCAUGGUGUCCAGCAGCAGUGGCAGCAACGGGCUGGUGUCUCCAUCCUCUUUGGCUUUAAACAUCAAAGAGGAAUACUGAGGAGAGAAAAAGACAAUGUUUCAUCGAACGCCGAUGACCGGGACCAUGACUUAAAAUUCUUCCCAACAAACUGAAACACUUCACAUCUUGAAUCUUGUGGCCUUUUAAAAGCUAAAGUUCAUAAAAAAAAAAAAAAGUCUAUGAGCAAUGCUGCCAGCGACUCUCCUCCUUCCAUCCUUUCAGAUUUUUGUGGCAGAUUUUUCUUUAUUACGAUCACACUCUGACUCGCUGCUUGGUCUGUUCAUUAACAGCCAAUCAAACGACCUCCUAGAAACAUUUGUUGACGUUUGGCAAAAAAAGGCAUCACAUUGUAAUCUUAUGGAUUGACCACAGGUCCAUCUUUUCCAUCUUCUCUUCAUCCAAAUGAACUAACUUUAUG